AUGCAGCAGAAGGCGUUCAUCCUGCUUGUGGCGGGCCUUGCGCUGCUGGCGCGCCCCGCGGCCGCUCACUGCAACUACCUGAUCGAGAAGGGCGACAACCUGUACGACAUUGCCGAGAACAAUGGCUUCAAUGAGACCGAGUUGAUGAAGCUCAACCCCAGCAUCACCGACCCCGAGCUCAUCUUCGAGGGCGACACCCUGCGCUUGCCGUGCAAGGGUGGUGACGACGAGAAGGGCGACAGCAUCUUCGACCUGCUGCAGCACCGCACCGACAUGUCCACCCUCUUUGCCGCCCUGGCCUCUGUGGGCAUGCUGGAGGACCUGCAGGACGGCGACCUGGAUGCCACCCUGUUUGCCCCCACCGACAAGGCCUUUGAGGCUCUGCUGAAGCAGCUGAAGCUGACUGCCGCCCAGCUGCUGAACGACACCGCCCUGGUCCAGGAUGUGCUGGCCUACCACGUCAUCCCCGGCGAUGCCCUGGACGCCGACGACCUGAAGAACGGCAAGAGCUACAGCACCAUGCUCAAGGGCAAGAAGCUCAAGAUCAAGAAGAACGACGAGGGCGUGUUUGUGCUGACCGUGGCCGGCCAGGAGGUGCCCGUGAAGAUUGCCGACCUGGAGGCGGGUGACGCCAUUGUGCACGUGAUCGACGAGGUGCUGCUGCCGCUGGAGAGCGAGGGCGGCAAGGCCCCCGCGCCCUCCCCCUCCAAGCCCACCACCCCCACCGGCGACGGCUGCACCUACACCGUCAAGGAGGGCGACACCCUGUUCGACAUUGCCGCGAAGUACGACACCACCCUGGAGGACCUGGUGGCGCUGAACAAGCAGAUUGAGGACCCCGAGCUCAUCCUGCCCGGCGACGAGAUCAAGCUGAAGGAGUGCUGA